UGCAAGAGGCACAUCGCUUAAAUUGACUUUUCCGAUUAACUAUAACAGCCGGUUUCACUGAUUUGUGAUCAAAAUGGGCGAACACUUUAGUGAACGUUUGUGAGCGGCGCGCGGGAGGCAGCGGUGUUAACCCGGUUAUGGAGCUCGUGGUCCGGCACGGGACACAGAGGUCUGCUGCGCGUGGAGAGUGAGCUGCAGAUGUUCCUGCGUGCGGGACACGAACACAGAAGGAGCUGCGCUUUCUCUCCGAGCUGAAGUCAGCAUGAACACAUGAUCUAUAACGCAGGCUGAAGUGGACGGAUAGGUGAAAAGGGACAUUUCUGCAGGUUUAUCGUUUAUGUCGGAGAAAGAUCAAUGAUAUUCCGCUGACAGUCUUCUCGCACUCGGGGCCGGGAAGGAGACUGAUGUUUUAACACGCUGGACGGAUCUGCUCUUUUAACACGCUGGACCGAUGCUCUCUAACAACACGUGCGAGAACAUCACUCACAUUCACAUGCCUGAGAACUUGUUGAACCUGGUGGUGAGCGCCUUCAUGUUCCUGGCCGGGGUUGUGGGGAACCUGCUGGCGUUGGCCAUCCUCGGCCUGCGUCAGAAGGAUCGCCGGGCCAAGUCGUCCGUCUUCUGCAUCCUGGUGACGGGGCUGGCGGUGACGGACCUGGCGGGGACGUGCCUGCUCAGCCCGCCUGUGUUCGUGUGCUACUCGCGCGGCAUGUCGCUGGUGGGCCUGACGGGCGACACGCGCCUGUGCACGCUCUUCGCCUUCGCGCUGACCUUCUUUGGCCUGGCGUCCAUGCUCAUCCUGUGCGCCAUGGCUGUGGAGCGCUGCCUGGCCAUCAGCCACCCCUAUUUCUACUCCAAACACGUGCGGCGCAGCUUCGCCAAGACGGCGCUGGGGCUCAUCUACCUCUUCACUGGCGCCUUCUGCCUCCUGCCCCUCCUCGGCUUCGGACGGCACAAGCAGUACUGCCCCGGGACGUGGUGCUUCAUCAAGAUGGAGGCGGAGGGCGAGGGGGCGGAGGAGGAGUGGCGAACGCUGUCGUUCUCGCUGUCCUACUCCCUGCUCGUGGCCCUGCUCAUCACCGUCGUCUUCCUGUGCAACGGCUCCGUCAUCGUCAGCCUCUGUCGCAUGCACCGCAGCCAGAUCACAAGGCGGGGCUCGGUGGUGUCCGCCAGCCGCAAGCGUGGACUGAGCUCCUGGUUCGGCCAGGGCGAGGAGGAGGUGGAGCACCUCGUGCUGCUGGCUUCCAUGACGGUCAUCUUUGUCAUAUGCUCCCUGCCUCUCACCAUCUUUGGCUUUGUCAACGCCAUCAGUCCAGUGGGAAACGACCAGCAGAACUUGUUGGCGUUCCGAUUCAACGCCCUCAACCCUGUGAUGGACCCCUGGGUCUUCAUCAUCUUCCGGAAGUCCGUGUUCCAGCAGGUGCGGGCAUUGUCCCACUGUUGCAUGCGCACGGCGGCUGUGAAAGCCACGCCCCCUAGAGGUGUGGCCUUCGCCUUGGAGAGCACAGGGCCUGCAGACUCCGUGGCCCUCCAGAGCAAGUCUUACAGCAUCCUGCCGCAGUGAGAGGCCCCGGCAGGGCAGACGGAGCUGAGUGACCUGCAUGAGAGCCUGAUCGCCAGACAUUUGGACAGGGAAGAUUUCUCUAACGCAUGAAGGCCUUGAAGGGUUGGGGGUCCAAGAGAUAUGGGCCCAUGAAGAACAACUGGAUAUGAAAGGGCUGUACUUCAAUGCCCUGGUAAAACAAAUAGGAAAACAUGAAUGUAAAUACAGAAAUAAGCCUUGUAAAGAUCUACCCAUGUACUCACCACCAAGUGAGCACCCACUGUGGCUUCAGGACUUUAAGACAGACCUAAUGGUGUCUACACUGUAGAGCCAAAUAUGAUGUUAAUCUGAGGUACUACAUCUUGGGGCUAAAAGUGGGUGAAAUAUAACAAAUGUACUGAAAGGUAAAACCUCAAAGGCGAGUAUAUUUGUAACUGAGUAUAUAUGUUACUUGAUUAUAAGUUACGUGACUUAGCAGAACGGAAAUGAAACAAAUGGCAAAUCCUUUAGAUCGCUGUCUACAGGGUGCUGUAAAAUAUGGAAUAAUUGAAAGGGUGUCUUGAUCUCAUUUUGUAAGUAUAUGAAUAAUCAGAAGGAUGCGCAUUUACACUUUCUCACUUUCUUGACUCAAACUGGGGAUGGCCACUACAAUAAGACUCCCCUGACAAAGGGUUUAUGCAUGGUUUAAAAGAAUUUUAUAAAUGGUUAUUAAUUAGGUUAAAUUAGGACUCUAAGAGUUAUAACACAAAUAAAAAGGGGAACAUUGACUUGUUGACCUGUUUAUAUGAAUUGAGUAAUUCCAUGUUAAUAAAAAUUAGAAUUUCUGGGUAAUAAAACACCCUAUUUGUGGUUAAAUGCCAGUGCUAAUUAACAAAUACAUGUUGAAGUAUAAUAAUGCUUCGGUUCAUUUUGAGACCGCUGAGCUCUGGUUUUCUCUGGCUGCAUCAGAGAGGCAGCAGUACAGCUGAGCGUGAGCAUUAGGACCCAUGCGCUGAGGUAGUGACUACUACCUGCCCAGUGCCUGCUGGGCAAUUCAGAGUGUAAUAGGCCUGAACAUAUCACCUUAGACACAAAUGCUGUCAUUUCUGACUGCAAGCCUGUUACUAGGUUACAGUGGGUUUUUCUUUUUACAUCCAGUGAUCGGUCUGUCAUUUUUAAGAUAUCUGUAUCCCAUUGUCAGCUCCACCUGGAUCACCCCAUGACCUCUGAACACUCUGAAUGGCCUUCUAAGCACGAAGAUCUGUUCUCAGCUACCAGCUCACCUGUCGGGAGUCACUCUCUGAUCUGUGCCCUGCUACUAGCUCACCUGUCGGGAGUCACUCUCUGAUCUGUGCCCUGCUACCAGCUCACCUGUCGGGAGUCACUCUCUGAUCUGUGCCCUGCUACCAGCUCACCUGUCGGGAGUCACUCUGUUGUCUGGUAUACUGUCACUCCCAUUCUAAGCCAUGAUGGAUAAUCAGUGUUUGCUCUGAAAUUUCUCUACCUGAUUUGUUAUUCUACUCACCUUAUGUGUGACCUUGGACAGAGUCACUGGACUUUUAAUCUGCUGGUUUGUAAAGCUCAGGAAGGCGUCUCAUCUUUGAGAACACAUGAAUGAAACAAAUGAGGAAAAAGAUUCAGGGACAAAGACAGAUAUGUUUGCACUUUCACUUUCCCAACUGUUGGUCUGUGUAGCUCCAACAUUUAUGAUGUGAGAAAGAAGGAUCUUUGUACAGCAUGUGGUAUCAAUUCUUUCUGUUUUUCAGCACUUCAGAAUUGUUUUUGUGGUGUAUGAGGUAAAGUCAGUGUUGCCUAACCUUCUGUGUCUACCCCUGGGACAUGUAUUAUUCAGCUUCAGGCUAUACUGAAAUGUCUAAACUUUCCAGCGUGGUGUAGGGAAGUUAAAAUAAAUAAAUAAAUGCACUAAUUCCAGACAUGCUGGGAGCAGGAGUGACACUUCCACAUGGGUAGUGUUUUAUUGGAGUAUUGUUGCUAUCUAGACUGAGUGUAUAGUGUAAGGAGGGCACUUGAAGUAGCAGCAGAACCUGUUCUGCUAAGGUGAGUUCACAGACAGCCUUCACGAAGGUUCACAACACACGCUUUACUGUGCUUGAAGUGGAGGCCAUGUGAAUCAUAUUUUAAACAAAUAAUUUCAAUUAUGUCACAGAACAACCACUUGUUAUCAUUUGUGUUGUGUAGGGAAUGUCUAUAAAAUUAAUGGGUUUUUUUUGUCAAUGUGAGUUUCAAGUUUCAAGUCAGUCAAGCACACAAAGUCCGCCAGCUGUUCACUGAAACGCCUGUGUGCCCCCCAGGUGUGUGCCCCGGGUGUGUGCCCCAGCUGUGUGCCCCAGCUGUGUGCCCCGGGUGUGUGCCCCAGGUGUGUGCCCCAGGUGCUCUACAGCUGUGAGCUGCGUAACUGUAUAGGUAAAGGUAUGAGAGUGUGACAGUAGUUUUAUAUACGUACAAGAGAAGGCAGAAAAGUGCAGAGGUGUGUGCUCUGGUGUCCAAACUGGACACUGAAGUCUGUGUAGUUAGUGUAUUUGAUCAGGGAAGUCAUAAGAAGAGAAAGUAAAUAAAUAUAUAUGUAUGUAAAUAUAUGUAUGUAUAAAUAGAAGUG